UCGAAAGGGGGAUUGUGUUGUUUCGCGAGCAGUGUCCCAUUCGGAUACGAGUACGGGACCGGUUUGCAUAAGUAUGGAUACAUAUCUGCAUGUCUCUGCCUGGUGCGUAUACCGACUUCUACACUCGCCCGCGGAACCAAGAUUGCCAGGUAGGUAUAAUCGGACUCUUUUGCGUGCCCUCGAUCUACAGUAGGCUCUGGUAAGUCUCGACUGCGAAAGAACUAGCGUACUGCGGUCGCCUGAAAAUGCCUAUCCGCGGCUCAUCUCGCCUAUACCGAAAGAUCUGGAUGGCGCAGGGGGGUCAGCCUUCGCUCUCGGUUCCGGAGCAUUGUGCCCCUCUUGCCUCGCCCGUAAAGGGUACUCAUCGUGCUGCGGUCGGCUUUCAGGCUCCGACCACGUCUACCCCAGCUCGCACAACAUUAGUCGAACGGUGUUGCGGUGGUGACGGGGAUGAUGCUGAGUCUAGCUACGACGACGACGACGGCACCACAGGAGCUGGGCGGCCCCCUGAGCCUGAGCCCUCGGCCUCCCAGAACGGGAUGUGCAGCCCAGGGGCGUACGCCGAGUUCGCCACAAACCCGUAUUCGUGCAUCGACACGGUAGCCGGCAGCGAGAACGCGGGCUCUCCCCUCAACUCGUCAGGGAAUCGGGAAGACCCUGGCGCGAGGGCCGCGAGCGGAGUCGCGCAUAAUAGACCUGUGUAUCACCACUCAACCGCGCUACCGUGCGGACAGAGUGUGGACGAAACGUUGGCGCUGAUGUCGAGCCAUUUGAGCCAGGCACACCGCCGAAUGCGGGCCGAAGACUCGGCCGCGCUCCUGUUUCUCCGUCAGCUCUGCCCUUGACAUACUAGAGGUAGAGUAGCAUAGGUACCUUUCCCGAUAGACGAUACUAGAUCGGCAGGACCGUGAUCUGGUUCUCACACACCCGAGAGCAUACCCCUCUUCGUGUGAUUUUCGAUUAGCAGCAGACUAUGCCGUGUUACCGGACUCUCUAGCCGUUGAGUAUUAAGCUGGGGCGUGUCUAGACUUGCCGUCACACGACGGCCACGGACCGCCGAAGUAGGCAUAAUAAAGCGCAACUCUGUCUGGGUUGGCUCGACACCCGAAAAUUUUUUGGUUGUUGUUGUGAGAAUGCUAUAUUUAUUCUAGUAGCCAUAGACUUUUUAACUCGACUCUCUAUGUCACACGGGGAAGGAACCCCGUACUAAUAAUCA